CCAAACCGGAGUGGAGGUGGGACCUUGUUAAGUUCACCUCAGCGUCACUCAGAUCUGGUUUCAGACACCUGCUGGCUGAGGAUCCCAACUGUUUCGCAGUUUGCCCUCGGCCCUUUGUCCUAAAAUAAAGAGAAAAACAAACAAUGAAGAAACAAAAAUCGUGCGUUGGAUGAUGAUGGCUUGAUGGGAUAUCUGUGCCAUGAGCACGAAGGGGAAGGAGACGGAGCAGACAAAAGGGAACGAUGGUGACAGACCACACCAGGACUCGGCGAGUAUUGCGGAUGUGUCCGUGGAAGUGGCCACUGUGGACCACACCCUCCGGAAGCUGUGCAGGAUGUACAGGAAGUCGAGGCGGAAGCCCAAAGGACUCAAGAGGCUGUGGGCGUACCUGCUGAACGUGCCUCACAUCACAACGAUCACCGCGGCCGUGCUGUUUGUGGUGGUGGUGAUCAUAUGGUCACUGCUCUGGGUCUUUAUCUUCCGCAGGGAAAGCUACAGCGGAGCGUAUUUUGCCGGGAUGUUCCGUGUUGCCAACGUGGAGUUCAUCCCAGAGUACCGCCAGGCGGAGUCCCAUGAGUUUGUCUCUAUGGCAACCAAAAUUCAACAAGUGGUGAGCUCUGUGUACAGGACGUCCUCAGUGGCCAGACUCUACAAGCAAGUGGUCAUUUCAGACCUCAGUAACAACAACAAGGGCGGAGUGUUGGUGCAUUUCUGGAUGGUGUUCAUCGUCCCCCAGAUGAAGACCACAGCGAUGCGAGAAGAUUUCAUAGAGGCCAUUCUCAGAGACUCAAUCAACACCAACCUGAAGAACCGGUCUUCUGUGGGCUUCCUGCAUGAACUUCCAGUUGACAUGGACUCCAUCCUCAUCAACGGAGUUCAGCGUUCAGAUUACUCAUCAAACACAGCAGACUCGCAGUGCGUUGAUAAGCUGUACGCCAACCUCCCCGGAGCCAGCGUCCCGCUAAACGUCUACUCAUCGUGGGGAGGCGUGAACUGCCACGUGAAGCUGACUGCAGUGCCCAGCUCUCUGAUCCGCCUGACCGUCACCUCGUUCCUCAUUGAGCCCACUGACUGUGUGAACGACGCCCUGACCGUGUACGACGCUCUGCUGCCCAUGAGAGGGCGCAUUCUGCACAGGCUGUGUGAGCCGGUGUCCAGCUCCUUCUCCAUCGUCUCUACCUCCAACGUCAUGCUGCUGUCCUUCAGGAUGACCAGUGACAGCAAGAGCUUUAACGGACACUUUGAAGCCGUUGCUGAGCAAAUUUGUAUGUCUCAAAUUGAGACCAAGUUGGAGCCUGAUAUCAGUGGUCGAAUCUACAGCCCGUUCUACCCGAGCCUGCUGCCUCCACAGUGUUCCUGUAGCUGGAGGUUUAAGACUCCAAACUCUAAAUUAGGCGUAGCUCUGCUGUUCGAGAACUACGCGUUGAAACCUGAGGACAUAAAAGGCUGCGAUAGUGGCUGGUGGAGGGUCAACGAAGUCAUAUUCUGCGGCAUGUACGUAGGACACCACACCGUGUUUCGGAUCCCUGACCACAGUCCACAGAUGGAGUUUCGCUGCAGCUCACCCAACUCUGCUCAACCUUUCCAGGCUUCAUACUACAGUUACAACAUCAGCCAGCCGUGUCAAGAGGGCCAGUUCUUGUGCACCACUGGACUCUGCGUGGAGAAGAGUCGACUCUGCGACGGCCUGGAUGACUGCCAGGAUGAGAGCGAUGAGGUCUUCUGCCCGAGGCCCCCAAUAACCUGCAGCACCAAAAUCCCUCCACAUCCUUUGUUUGUAUGUAAUGGAGAGAUGGACUGCUCUGAUGGAGUAGAUGAGAUAAACUGCACAAAGGAAACGAGCUGCUCGGCGAUCAGAUACCGGUGCAGGAGCGGAUCCUGCAUCCUGAAGAAAAAUGCAAAAUGUGACGACAUCCCCGACUGUCGGGACAACAGCGACGAGGACGACUGUGCCUGUGGCCUCCCCUCCCCGCUGAGGAAGGUGGACUCUACGUCAGGCCUCGAUAGGAUUGUGGGCGGGGUUAACUCACACGAGGGGGAGUGGCCUUGGCAGGUCAGCCUUCACUUUGCAGGCAGCUUGUACUGCGGCGCUUCUGUCCUCUCCUCUGAUUGGCUCGUCUCAGCUGCCCACUGCUUCAGAAAAGAAAGCCUCUCUGACCCUCGCUCCUGGAGUGCCCACCUCGGCAUGCUGACGCAGGGCAGUGCCAAACACGUUGCAGAGAUCCAGAGGAUCGUGGUGCAUGAGUACUACAAUGCGUACACUUUUGACUAUGACAUCGCCCUUCUGCAGCUGAAGAGGCCCUGGCCUCCCUCCCUCUGGCCGCUGGUCCAGCCUGUGUGCCUGCCCCCCUCAUCCCACACAGUCACAGACACACACCGCUGCUUGGUGACCGGGUGGGGAUACCGAUCUGAGGAAGAUAAGGUGCUGCCCUCUGUGCUCCAAAAGGCAGAGGUGUCCAUAAUGAGUCAGACCGAGUGCAAAAAGAGCUACAGUCCAAUCACCCCGCGAAUGCUGUGCGCCGGCCUCCUCUCCGGAGAGAGGGACGCCUGCAGGGGGGAUUCGGGAGGUCCUCUGUCCUGCCAGGCCUCAGACGGGGGUCGCUGGUUCCUCAUAGGGAUUGUGAGCUGGGGGUCCGGCUGCGGCAGACCAAACCUGCCUGGGGUCUACACCAGGGUCACCAAGUUCACCUCCUGGAUCUACAGCCAUAUCAAGGAAGCAACAGUGGGGAUUUCCUCUCUUUCCCUCCCUCUCUCCAUCGUUUCUAUGUCCGAGGUAUUGUUGCGAGUCACCUCUCUUGGAGCUAAACUGGACUGUGCUAUGUGGACUCUGCCCCAAAGCAAAACUUGUGAGGUGUACUGUGUCUCCGCACACGGACACUCUGGCUGUCCAGCUACACAGAGAGAUGGAGAGUUAAAGCAGUCCACCGGCUCACUUGACCCCUCCUUGCCAAAGUCUGAGGGUCCGGUGGGACAGAAGACAGAGAGCCAGGCAGCGUCAUCGUGCUGCUCCUGGAGGAGGCUUGUGUUAGGCCUCCUACCAUUUUUACCUUUCACUGUUGCCAUUACACUGACUCUCAACUAUUUAACAUCUCCGUCUUGCUCGGUGUUCUUCCUGGGCAGCAGCGUAGAGUUCCCAAACCUGACCUUCUCAUUAGAGCUGACCGACCCCGCCUCCCCUCAGUUCCGCCUGCAGGCUCAGGCUUUGGACCAUUAUUUCUCAAAACUCUACGACUCGACCCCGUGGAGUUCUUACUACCUGCGCUCAGGAAUCACUGCCUUCAGUGAAGGAGAGGAGGGGCUCGGUGUUUUCUACUGGAGUAAAUUUUCAGCCCCCCACAAUGUGGCCCUGGAAAUCCAGAGCUCCAGCCCAGAGAGGCUGCAGCGGAGGCUCCCCGGCACCAACAAGGUGGUGCGGUACAGCCGCAACGAGCAGCACUACUACAUGGAGCAGGAGGAUGACACGCUCCCCCUACUGGAUUUGGACUCUGAUGAUUCUGAUUCAGAAGACAGAAUAGACAAAAUGAAAAACCCAAAUAGCAUCCAGGGAGGAAAAUGGCAGCUUGGGUUUCAAGCAAUAUCUUUUGAUCUCUACGCUAAAUACGGGAACAACCGAACCUUGAGUCUUGUGAGUCCCAAGAAGCCAUACUACCAGUGGCGCCUGCGCGUGCCCUCGGGUCACGUUGUGCGUCUGGUUGUCCUGACGCUUCAGGGUGCCACGCCUGGAAGCUGCACAGCCCACAAGCUCUCUGCCUAUGACUUCCUGCUUCCUUUGCAGAACAAGAUCAUUGCCAGAUGGUGCGGGCUGCCGGUGUCAGGCUCAUCUCCGGUCAUGAAGCUGACCUCCUCGGGGAAUGUGAUGUUGGUCACCUUCUCCUUUAGCAGGCAGAAAGAUGGAGCAAUCUUCAAAGCCUACUUUCAAGCCAUCCCGAAAGCAGGCUGUGGAGGCUCGAUUUCUUCAUGGAACGGCUCCAUUUCCUCACCUUACUACCCCUCCUUCUAUCCUCCUAACAUAGACUGCACAUGGACUCUACGGGUGCCUGUGCCAGGAUAUCUGAUUUCGAUGACAAUCGUGACUUUGGACAUUCAAGAUUCCCCGUCGUCUGACGGCUGUGAGAAGGACUGGCUGGACAUUGCAGGGGUCAAGCUGUGUAAUCCCCUGUCAGAGAGCAGCAGAAAGAGAGUGUACUCCUCUCCUCUCUCCAUCCACUUCCACUCUGAUGAAUCUCUCACCAACCAGGGAUUCUACUUGCUGUACCGAGCUUUCUCUCCAGAGGGCACGUGCCCUCGCCAGUUUCGCUGUGGAGACGGACGCUGUAUCCCUCUGAGGAAGGUCUGUGACGGAGUGAAGGACUGCUCAGAUGGACGGGAUGAAGCUAAAUGCUCAUCCUGCAGGCCUGGGGAAGUGCUCUGUGGGAACGGUCAGUGCAAACCUCAGAGCAGCCAGUGUGUUGGUCAGAGCAGCUGUGCAGACAGCAGUGAGGAAGGCAGCUGUGGAGUUAAAUGCUUCCACGUUUGUCCCAACAAGGUGUGUUUACCAAAGUCAUCUGUGUGUGAUGGUGUGAUCGACUGCAAAGACCGCAGUGAUGAACUGAACUGCACCAGAGCAUAUCUCAAGAGUUGCUCCGUGGCGUCCUACAAAUGUGCCAAUGGAAAAUGUGUCAGCAAGGUCAACCCUGAGUGUGACGGAGUUAAAGACUGCUUCGACGGCUCUGACGAACUGCGCUGUGGAUGUGGCACCAGGCCUAAGAAGCGGACUAAGAUAGUCGGGGGGUCUGACGCUGUGUUGGGGUCGUGGCCCUGGCAGGUCAGCCUACAGAUGGAGCGCUAUGGCCACGUCUGUGGAGCCACGCUGGUUUCCAGUCGCUGGCUCAUCUCUGCAGCGCACUGCUUCCAAGACUCUGACGCCAUUAAGUACUCUGACGCUCGUGCGUGGCGGGCUUACCUCGGCAUGCGUGUGAUGACCAGGGGAAACCACGGAGGAGCGACCAGACUCAUCCGUCGGAUCCUGCUCCACCCCCAGUACGACCAGUUCACGUCUGACUACGACAUCGCCCUUCUCGAGCUCAGCGCUCCAGUUUUCUUUAAUGACUUGGUGCAGCCGGUGUGUGUUCCUGCUUCCUCACACACCUUCACCACCGGGACGAGCUGCUUUGUCACGGGAUGGGGCGUUCUCAUGGAGGACGGUGAACUGGCGUCUCGUUUACAAGAAGCUUCAGUGAAAAUUAUUAAUAGAAAAGUCUGCAACAAGUUGUACGAUGAUGCUGUUACUCCCAGGAUGCUGUGUGCAGGAAACCUGCAGGGAGGUGUGGACGCCUGCCAGGGGGAUUCAGGCGGUCCGCUGGUGUGUCUGGAGCGAGGAAGACGGUGGUUCUUGGCAGGGAUUGUCAGCUGGGGCGAAGGCUGCGCGAGGCAGAACCGCCCCGGCGUCUAUACCCAGGUGGUCAAAUUCACCGACUGGAUCCGCCAGCAGACCAAAGGUCAGGUCUGACAAAACAUGAGACUCUGACGAGGAAAUAACUUCAGCAGGCAGUGGUUUGAGUACUGACCGCCACAUUUUUGUUCAGUCACUUUUUGGGAAUUUGUUCAGUGCCACAAACCAACCAGCAUCGUCACAAUCUGCAAGAAACAAAAUGUUGACAUGCACAAACAUUUAUUUUAUACUUGAUUAGAUUGGCAAAUGAACUUCAAGCGUAAACACAACAUCAAAAUGUUACAGCUAGUUUGUUUUUUUUGUUUGUUUUUUUUAAUGGGGUUCUGUGGAGAGGCUAAAGUAGUCAGUAUCUUACUUGCAGAUAAUUUUCUCAACAACCCUGAGUUUGCAGAAACUUUACUGCAAAGUUGCAAAGGAGUUUCUACUGUAUGUCUUUGUUGUUUAGUUUAUAUGAAAAAAGAGUGCUAUGUCUGAAUACGGAAGAAAUUUCUCACUACUCAACUUGUUUGUAAAAGUCCAUGUUGUCUUGUUUCUUAUUAAAACAUUACGCCUCUGCUCCUCCUGCUACAGUUGCUGAUAUUUUUCCUUAUCAUGUAAACUAGUCUCUGCCAAACUCGAAUGAUCAGGAUAGAUAUUUACCAUCUACAUUGUUUCUAGCAAAAUCUCAUUGAAGCCUAUUGUAACGAUCGUCCUCAAUUCUCAUCUUGUCAAUAUUCAAGACAUGUUUUUUUCCACCAAAUUAAAGGUAAUGUCUUGUAUUUAAUGUGAAAAGUCAUCACCAGAUGUUCAUCUAUCAAUUCGUGUGUGUACUGUAAUGUUACUGCGAUAACUGAUUUACUGUUUUCUUCUGGAUUUUUAUUUUUGUUUGUCAAUUUGCAGAAACUUGAAAAACUCUAACAGCUACUUUAAAUUCAAUUUCUUCUGUCUCACCCUUGAUUGGAAAGAAAUUCAAAAUACAGCACUUCGUGCAAGCAUUAUUUUAUUAUUUAUUUGCAUGUCUUGAAAAUGAAUAUGUUGAUAAUAAUUAUGAAACUUUGUUGUUGCAAUUGACAGUUUUUACUCCAGCAGAAGUCUGUGAUGACCUCCCCACAGAACCCCACAUCAAAUAGUCCCUUAAACUUUGAAUGUGGAGUGUAUUAUUACCGAUUACACUGCUGGUCAAUAUUGUAGCUAUCAUAAAGAAAUUAAUUUAAAGUUAUAUGCUAAAACAUACGUAGCUCUCCAUAUUUCAACAAGGAGGUUGUGACAAAACCUCAAAUAUAUUGGAAUACAUGGAUGUAAUAAAUAGUAGCUUUAAAUUACUUUAUUACACAAUAGCCAAGAUGCUCAGUUUGUAUGUUUUUUAUUGCUUAGUUUAUAUAAUAUGAAGCUACCUUUGCCAUAUUUGUAAUUAAAGUGCAGAAGCAAACAGCUUGAGAAGGAAACAAAAACCCCAGCAGGCGCUCGGCUCUUAUUUGGAAGAGAUUUAUCACCACUCAGCUUGUUUGUAAUGCUCCGCUGUCUGUUCCUUCUUAAAACAUUUACACCUCACUGUCCCUCUGAUAUUUUGCAAUUGGCACCUGAAGUAGCGUCUGCCGAGAGUGAAUCAUCAGGGCAGAUGUUUUCCAGUAAAAUCUCUACUCUCCAUUACUUUCGAUUCUGUCAAAAUUAUUAUUUUUUUUAUUACAAAUUGUUUAUUCACUUGUAUGUGGAAAAAGUCGUCUCCAGAUGUGUUUAAUCUACUUGUCUGCGUACUGUAAUAUUACUGUGUACUGAUAACUUCCUGUAUUGUAUAUUUGUUUUGUUUGUGCAUUGUGUAUAUGUGUACCUGAGCCAUAGCUACAUAUUGAAUAUACUCUGUAAAUGCAGGAGGAACUCAAUAAGAAGAGCACAUCUGCCAUCCUGUAACUUAUUUUAUCUUUUAAAACAACAAUUAGUUGCUGCUUAAAAUGAAGUAAAAUCAGAAGUGAAACUUAUGUCUUUUGCAGGAAAAUGUUUUAAUUUGCCUUUUCUUCUUUGGUGUUUCAGCUCGUAUCUAAAGUGAUUUCUCAAUUAAUUAAAACUUAAUUCAAGCUGAUUUGUAUAAUUUAGUUCAAAAACUCAAACUAAUAUAGAUCCCUUCCCUGUAGAUUGAUGUAUUCCAUGCAUUUGUUGUUGUUGUUUUCUUUUUUAUGAAUGUAGUAUAUAGGUAUGAACCCAAAUUUUAACAUAAAUUUAUGAAAUGUUAUGAUAAGGCAUGCAAGACGGCUAACUACACAAAUGUCAAGCAGACAGUCACGAGGAGUUCAAACCUCACAAGUUCAUUGCUAAAGAAGCUGGCAGUUCAGAGAGCUGUCUCUAAAUGCAUUCAUAGAAAGCUAAG